AUAUAUGGCAAAAGUAGCUUAAAUUGGGCCGGAAUUCAUUAAUAAAUGUCCACAAAAGGCUAAACCCUGAAAUUCCCAGAGCUGUGUCUCCGAAACGCUCGUAACUCUGCAACAUCAAGACCUAGCGCCGCAUCCCCAACCUUUCAAACAUGCCUUCACACAAAACCUUCAUGAUCAAGAAGAAGCUGGCCAAGAAGAUGAGGCAAAACAGGCCCAUCCCUUAUUGGAUUCGUAUGCGCACAGAUAACACCAUCAGGUACAACGCCAAGCGACGGCACUGGCGCCGUACCAAGCUAGGGUUCUAAGCUCGAUGGGGUUCUUUAGAUUAAAGAGUUUAAUUUUGUUUUUCCCAAGUAAUUUUGCUGAAUUUUAUUUAUGUGGGAUUAAUAUUAUUAGGAAGAGAUAUUGAUGAAAUUAUUGGCAGUAUUUGAAUUCAUGAUUUUGGUUUAGCUAA